AUCUUUCUCUCACGUCUGAAAAACCUGACAGUUGUUACGAACAAAUCAAGCCGAGCGUGUCGUGUUGAGGUGACAUGAAAUUAUAUAAAUCGCAAUUACUCAUGUGCACAAUAGCCCAUCAAACAAAGUGAAUUUAGUCCUUUGACAAGUACUGUAACGUGUUUCAAAUCUACUUAAUUUGCUCCUGUACUGAACCAAAUUGCCGUGUUCGUUACUGGAUCCAGUUAAUUAAUCGGGUCAGACUACUCAACUCCCAUCCUAUUUGGAAAGUCGCCAGGCAUCCGUACGGAUGAAAUAUCAUGUAACCAAUUAUUCAGAUGAGAUUAGAUGUGCACCAAGUCAUUCCGAGAGUGUGUGUGAGAUCGUGACAAUUAUUGCAGGGACAAAAUUGUUCAGAAUUUAUAUAUAUAUUUAAGUUAGUGAUGAUUCAUGAAUCUCAGAAAAGUGUCGGAUUUGCAAGUUCAUUAAAUCUUCUGUGUCGUGUUUCGUUCAUGUUUUUAUUUUUACAUAUAAAAUUUCUCAGAGAGUCGCCUUCCCCACAUUUCUCCCACACAUAAACAACAUCAUCCCGAUUUUAUUACGAGAUAAGAUAAUAACACCACGAGCACGACCACAACCACGCCAUGAGACGUUCUGUCCUGUCGUGAACAGUCUCAGUUCACUUUCUGACGCUUCGUUGGAAGCAGUUUUAGCCCAAUUUUCGGGUGAUUCACAAACAUUUACUUUUCAACAAGAAGCAGAAGUGGCAUCUUUUUAUUGCCAUAAAAUAACAGGGCAAGCAGACCUCGAAAAUAAAUUAAAUGAAAUUAGUGUGGAAUAACAACAUCAAAACCGCAGAAUUUCCGGCUUGGUUUGCGACAAAAAUAAACAAAUAGCUACAUUAAAACGUACAAUUUUUCCGGGUGUAUUUCAACUUGUAGGAAUUAAUAAUCGUUCGAACAUGCGAAAAAAUUUGUGAUGGUGAAUCUGUGAAAAAAUCUGGAAAGCGAAUUUUAAAAUCAUGACGGUUACUGCUACUUUCUCCUGGACGGUGUUUCUAUUUGUACUAAUUUUGACCUCCUCCCUGAUCACAAUAUCCACUUCGCAAAAUAGCCCUACUCUUAUCAAUCCUAACCUCAGGUUGAAUAAGUGCUUAUACAACGAACUAGGUAAAAUGAAGAAUAUUUAUUUGCCAAGCACUAUCAUGGGGAAUAAUGAGAAUGCGACUUUUCCGUUGCAGUUAAAAUGUGCGACACGACUGCCGCACUGUUUGCAACCUUGCUCGACAGAAAUUCUGCGAGUCAGAAUCCCAUUUCCGGAAGUGCGUCCGUCCAUCUUUAACGUGCACUUUACACCGAGUGGCUUUAUUCGAUAUGGGUCGGACUUCUUCCCCCCGGACGAAUAUUGCAUUUUAGGGAGUUCACAAGAAUCUGUGACGAUCGAGAUAUGUCGACCCGAAUGUAAAAAAACGCAUGUCUGUGUUCCAAAAUGCUGCUCGGCCGACAAAGUUCUCGACAUGCAGUCCAACUCUUGUCAGUAUUCGCUCCAGAGGAUUUGGGAGCCGUUAGUGCACAAAACGGAAGAUUUGCAGUUGUGUGGCGAGAAGAGGGCGAAUAUCCGCUUUCACUAUUACCAAGCACCACCCUCCUGCCAAACACAAGCCUUCUUCCUCAAGUCCGUUCCAGGAGAUUUGGAGAAAUUCAGGGUCAGAUUUCGACUCCUCGUCGAUGGCAGCGUCGUUCUUCGUGAACUUCUCGCGAGCGAGUGGAAACGCCCCCAACCAGGUCAGUUCUGUUUGGACGGGGUACAAAAUCUGGACACUGUUGGCCCUUACAGUGGUGACCCCUUAGACCAAGUUCUCCUUAUUUGUGCCGAUGACGAGGAGGAAAUCGUAUUAGGAAAAAAUAAUGCUACUGCUUUCUCCAACAACAAAAAGGCAAUCACGGGUAUAUUGUACUCCAUUCUUCUGUUUUUGGGGACACCAUUCCUUCUCGUGACUGUAAUCGUGUACAUUUUGCUGUGGGGGAAACAGAACGUUCACGGCUGGACCCUCUUUUCCCACACCCUCGCCAUGCUCCUCUUCUACUUGUUGCAAGGAAUUACCAACGCUGUGUCCAGGCUGUACGACAGUGACGAUAAUGCGUCCACGAGUUGCAUGUUAAUUGGAAUCGCAAAUCACUACUUUGCCCUCGCAUCCUUCUGCUGGAUGACCAUGAUCAAUUACGAUUUAUGGUCAAUGUUUCGCUAUUUGCAAAAUACUGUUGGGAGAUCGCGUGGAAUGAAGAGAUUUGUCGUGUACAUGAUAAUCGGGUGGGGCGUCCCCUUCAUUGCUGUUUUAAUUUGUGUCGUACUCGACCUUGAAUUCGGAUUGUAUGGCGACGAUGGUGCCGAGUGUGCCACGGAGAUCGUCGUGCCUCUCUAUGGACACAAAUCGUGCUACAUUUUUGAACAGUCUAGGCCGUACUUUCUCUUCUACCCGAUCGGAACCCUGAUGGCGAUUAACGUUAUAUUCGCUGGUCUCACAGCAUUCAACAUGUAUAAUCAUAAUCAAAGUUCGAAAAUUGCGGAGAAAAAGUCGACCAAACAUAAGCGAAUGUUUUCCGUUUGGUUUAAACUGUUCGUGGUGAUGGGCCUGGCCCUGACCUCGGAAGUGGUGGUGUGGUACUUCAAAAAGAAGGACGAAACUCUGCCCUGGUAUCUCAUUUUCCCAGAUGUUCUCAGCGUCAUGCAGGCCAUCGCCAUUUUCAUUUUGUUUGCAUGCCAGCCAAAAAUCAUUAAUCAACUUCAUGACGCAUAUCCAAAACUGAGACCAUUUCUGGACAACGUUCGUCAACUGCCGUGCUAUAAAAGUAGGAUGCAACAAACUAUGCCUGCAAAAGUUUAGUUGCUUUUUACCAUUUCUUUUUUGUAUGCAAUGUCGUUUUAUGCAAAUUUUUGAACAAGUAAAUCGAAUUAUUUUCAAAAAUAAACACUAUCGAAAAGUUUAUUUUCAAGUCAACCCGUUAAGGUAGAUAAAGCUAAAUACAUAAUAAUUUUUAACGGGUGUGCAUGAUGCUAAAUGUCCAACUACGUAAUUGUACAGCUAACCUAAGCAUUACAAUUAAAGUUAAUUAUUAGUAAAAUCCAAUCUAAUUAGUAAAUGGUGAAUAUCAAUGAAAGGAUU